AUGAUCUCUUCUGUUUGGAGAAAAGUCCUGGAAAAAACGUUAGUUAUUGGAUCUUCAUAUGUUGCUCUGGAAUGUGCUGAAUUUAUAGCAAGAAUUGGGUUGGAUGUCACGGUUCGUUCUAUCUUGCUUCGAGGUUUCGAUCAAGACAUGGCUGAAAGAAUUGGUAACUACAUGCAGGAAGAAGGCAUAAAAUUUCUCAGACCUUGUGUUUUGGCAUCUAUAAGUUCUCCACCACCAUCAUCUCUGCCACCACCCCCACCGUCAACAUUGCCGCCACCCCCACUAGCAUCACCCCCACUAGCAUCACCUCCAUUAGCAUCACCUCCAUUAGUAUCACCUCCACAAGCAUCACCUCCACAAGCAUCACCUCCACAAGCAUCACCUCCACAAGCAUCAUCUCCACAAGCAGCACCUCCACAAGCAGCACCUCCACAAGCAUCACCUCCAUCAGCAUCACCUCCAUCAGCAUCACCUCCAUCAGCAUCGCCAACAGUGCAAGUACCUCCAGUGCAAGCCCCCCAAGUGCCAACACCACCACCUGUUCCUCAGCAGCCUCAGGCUCGGAGGCGAAGAGGAAACCCUGGGAGGCGAAGCACGAGGCUUGCACUUUUAAUUGAAUCCAGCAAACAGUUCUUAAAGACCGAUCCUCCAUUUAGCCUCCCCAAAAGACCGAGGUACUCCAAAAAGUACCCGGCUUAA